AUGGCGAGAGAUUUUGUUGCCCUAGUUCGUGCUCAUGCAGAUGAUGCGGGUGUUGUGGUAGAGAGCUCGAGUGGCCUACUUUUGUUGGGCAUGAUUAUCAUGUCCCUCUCUAUUAUAUCAAUGGUAAUAUUUGCUUGUACAGGUGGGGGUGGUGGUGGCUGUGGCAGGCGGGGUUGGAUUUUUGGUGGUGGAGGAGGUAGUGGUGGGGGUUGUGGUGGUGGAGGAGGUGGUGUUGGUGGUGGGGGUGGGGGUGGAGGUGGGUGUUGA